ACGCAACACAGACCGGAUGUAGUUUGGGAAACGAGGUUGAGGAGAAAGCGAGAACUCUGGGAUUUGUAGUUUAAUCGUAUCGACAAACCCAAUCGACCAUUUAAUAAUUGGCUAAUAAAGUACCGUUCAUAGCCAACUGGUGUGAAAAUGUCAAACUUUAGAGCAAGUGAAAUUGGAACACAGGAUAAGUCUGGGUUUACAUUAACCAAGGCAGUGGAGGAUGUCAGCCAACACGGCCAUGCCCAGACUGAGGCCCUGAAAGAGAAACAGAAGACACUCAUCUCCCUGCAGGCCACUCUUUCUGAGGUUGAGAAGAUAGGUGUGAUGGCAGAACAGGAGCUGAGAUCUAAAGUGAGGAACCUCUUAAUGCUUGAGGGUGAGAUGGAGCACCUGCAGCGGCAGACAAGAGUCUUGCAUGAUCGCUGUGCAUCCAUCCGCAAAGAAAAUACAGAACUCCAGAUUGGUAUAAGCGAGGAGGAGGAGAACGCUCGCAUGGCACUGGCAGGGUUCAACACUUACCGAAACAAGAUGGAGGUUCACAGAGCAGCUCUUUUGCAUGCAGCGAGCCAGACGGAGGCCCAUAAAGAGCUGGAGGAGAAAAGAGCACUUGUCAGGAUGCUGACACAGAAGAAAGAGGAGCUGAAGGUAGAUUUGGAGGAUCCAAAUGGAAACGCCGUGCAAAUGGCAAAGAGUGAGAUCAAUGUUCUGAAGGGGGAGAUCUCUUUGAUGAGUAAAACUAUAGCUAAAACGAGAGAAAAAGUGCAAAAAGAGUUUGAGACUCAUACCCAGAUAAAGAAAGACAUAGAGAUCCAGAACAAACGCUAUGAAGCCAUAGUGAAGCGCCUCCGCUGCCAACUGAGCAGGGCCCAGGCUACCCACAGGCAAAUGUCUGAAGAUGUCUACCACAUGGAGAGAGAGCUCGCCCAGCUCAAAGGGCAGCCGGUGUCGUCUCAGGACUCAGUGGCCAGUGGUCAUUAAACUGCACUGUCAGGCUUGUCUAAAUUGGAUGAACAUGGUUUAUGUUAACAUCUCAUUUUAAUUGUUUUGUUAUCAGAUUGAAUGUUAGCCUGUGGUUAUUAUAGGGUUGUGUGUUUCAGGUAGUAACAGGUUGCUGUUACUACAAAUGACCAGCUGGGGGCAGCAGUGUCAACUAGAAGUCUAGCCGUCUGUUUUAGUUCAUCACAAAACCCUCACCUUGACUGUUCUACAGUAGUUUGAUAAUGACAUUUAUUUCUGAAUGUGUUUCUUUAAAAUGCACAACGUUUUGUCAGAGAGAUAACAGUAGAAGUAUUAAAAUAUUUGUCUGUUUUCCCAUUUUUUUUAUUUACUUUGAUAACAGAGCAGCAUGCACUUUCCUGUGGCUGUUCUGAGACUAAAUUGCAGGCAACACCAACCUGGCGUGGCAUGGGAUUUUAGGUCUGGUUGGGACGUUGGUUUGUCCAGUCAGUGUCCACAACAAUGACCCAUGCAGAACAGAAGCCAAGUGUCUACUCUAACUGUCAAUGUGAUGGUGUUGUUUGGUACACGCUGUUCCAGCUUCUGCUUCACUGGGUCGCUUGAUGGUCUGCGAGGUGACAGUCCCACUGCCGGCUAACAAGGGCGUGACUGUGCCACUUCAGCCAUAACUCGAAACUAAUAAAACAAUGAAACUGCCUUUUCAGAAAAUUGCUAUCAUUCCCUUGUAGGAUUGAGAAUGAGAUAACAUUGUGCUUUUUUUUUUUUUAACUUUUCUGUUACCUAUCAUCUGCAGAGAUGAUGUGUGUGCCAGCUUUCCAGAUCUUACCUGGCAUAAUUAGUCAACCAUUAAAUAGCAAAAUGACCAAUUUCAAGACAAAUGCAUGCAACUAUUUAAAAUCUAAAAACAAUUCAUCUAUAAAAUAUGUCCGGUUGGUAUUGAGCACCAAACUGUGUGUGUUCUAACCCAUAGUACCUAGGGCUUUAAUUUACUAUUAGGGAGUCUGGUUGAAUGUGUGGGAGGUGAAGGGCAACGUGUGAUGAUUUACCCAAUAGUUAGGAGUGUUUUCAUUACCCACUCAACCACAAAUUGUAGUUUAGUGGGCUAUUUCCUUAAAGAUGGCCUUGGGGAAUCUAUCCAGCCAGUCUGGCUGCCUGCUUUACCGCAGUAUUGCUCUGUCUGGCUGACCUUAUUAGCAUGUUUUCAGCGUGACAGCCCUCUCCUCUGUCUGCUGCGCUGCUUAUUCCCCGGGCCCCUCCACUCAAGUUGUCGAAACAUGCAAUCAUAAUUUUACGCACAUAAAGUCAAAUGUGCAUCAAACUGCCCAAAACAUCCUUUUAGAAAGUUGAUGGACAGUAAAAAUAGAAACAUACACUGCAAUGUUACUG